CUCCGCGCCCACAAGUGCAAGUUCAACUUUGUCCAUCACAAUGGAUGCAGACAACGGUACUCCUGGCGCGUCGCCGUCGAGCAAGCCUUCCACGUCGAUCAAGUACCUCACGAGGGUCAUCCAUGUGACGUCCCCGUUCAUCGCGACCUUCUUGCUCGUACAUCUUGCGGCCCCCAUAUCAGCCAAUUUCGGCGGCUCAUCAACUGCUUCCAAUGUCAUGCUUCUCGGGCGCGAGUACUACCAGACCGCCAUGGGCGAGAAACUGCUCGUCCUCGGCCCUCUCGCCGCGCACGGCCUGUCCGCUAUCGGCAAGCGCGUCCUCUCUUCUGCCGACCGCCCCCCUCGCCCGGCAACCAGCGCUUUGACUCUUUCUGGCAUCGCCGCUGCUGCCUUCCUCACCAUACACUACCGAACGCAUCGCGUUCUCCCAACCAUCGAGGCGCCCCCCAUCCUCGAAGUCGGACCCGCGGAGCUCGACUACGAGUUUGUGAAGACAGGCCUCGCGCGCUGGCCGGUGCUCAAUAGCGUGCUGUACGCGGGCCUCACGGCGGCCGUUGCGAUGCAUAUCGUCGACGGUGUGGGAAUUCUGUACAAUGUCUAUGUGAAGGGAGGGCGCUGGAGGGCCUGGUGGCCGGCUCGGCGGACGCGGCAGAUUGUGGCGGGAGUGGGCGUGAUCCUGCCAGUGCUGACGGGCCUUAUAGCGUUGGCGAGGGAGCCAAUCAUGACGUUCCCGUCAAUGGUGGCGAGGUAUGAGGCAGCAUUCAGGCAGCUGGCGUUGUACAGGGUGUUGUAGACUUGGACAUCAAUAUUUCAAUCUGCUAUUGAAUGGCCCUUGCUUUGGUACCACCAGUUUGAUACUCUAUGAGUUACAUUACAUGUUUAGGCGCUAUACGAGAUGCCAGGCCUAUUGCAUGCGUAGUCCCACAUCUUCUCGAUCUCCUCGUCCGUGCCCAGGUACCCCUGCACAACAUCACCUUUCUAGCCAACGCAGCUGAAGCCGGCCGCAC